GGGGUGGCUAAUACUGCAAUUAAAUUAUUAUAUACAGAUACCAAGUAAAUACCAUACUGAUACUGAUAGCCAUCACUUAAAAUAUUGUUUUUUGAUUCGAUAAUAACACUCUCCUUGACAGCGGAUGUGCUUGUGCAAGCCUGGGAGAAAGUCACCAUGGAACCGGAGGGGAACAACCGGCUCCUGCAAGACGUGUUGACGAGACCGGACAACGAGACGUGCAUGGACUGCGGCAACCCGGGCCUGCUCUCUCCUCCACCGCAGCAUCCCUCACAUCAGCAGGGUCAAGUCGGUUCAGGAUACGUGGGAUGCGAGUGACGUGGAGCUUAUGGCUGCAAUGGGAAACAAUGUGGCUAAGGCCAAAUAUGAGCAGAAGGUCCCUGCUUUCUACUACAGACCAACACACACUGACUGCAAGCUGCUUAGAGAGCAGUGGAUCAGAGCCAAGUACGAGAGGAAUGAAUUUGAGUUUAUUGAGAAGCAGGAACCUUAUUCGGCAGGAUACCGUGAGGGGUUUCUAUGGAAACGAGGAAGAGACAACGGUCAGUUCCUCAGCCGAAAGUUCAUCCUGUCCGAGAGGGAGGGGGCUCUCAAAUAUUUCAACAAGCAGGAUGCUAGAGAUCCUAAGGCGGUGAUGAAAAUUGAAACCCUCAACGCCACCUUUCAACCGGCCAAGAUCGGCAACCCCUGCGGGCUGCAGAUCACCUACCUGAAAGACAACAGCACAAGGAACAUCUUUGUCUACCACAGUGAUGCUAAGGAGAUGGUGGACUGGUUCAACGCAAUCCGAGCGGCCAGGUUCCACUACCUACAAGUUGCCUUCCCCGGAGCCAGUGAUGAGGAGCUGGUGCCCAAAUUGACUCGGAAUUUCAUGAAGGAAGGUUUCAUGGAGAAAACAGGUCCAAAGCACACUGAGGGUUUCAAGAAGAGGUGGUUCACAAUGGACGACAGAAGACUGAUGUAUUUCAAAGACCCGCUGGACGCCUACGCCCGCGGUGAAGUAUUCAUUGGCAGUAAGGAGAACAGUUACACCGUCCUGUCUGGCCUGCCACCGACCAUCCAAGGCUACCAUUGGAACCACGGCAUCACCAUCGUCACACCAGACAGGAAGUUCCUGUUUGCCUGUGAGACCGAGGCUGAGCAACGAGACUGGAUAGCGGCCUUUCAGAGGGUCAUCAAUCGCCCAAUGAGGCCGCAGGAAUAUGCAGUGGAGGCUCAUUUUAAACACAAACCCUGAGGCCUUACUAAAAGCAGCACUCACCUGGAGUGGCUUGGUCUGUUCGGAUCCAAAACAGCCCCGACGUGUGACCAUGGACCAUUGUUUGGAGGUGAUGGGUUGGGAAUGGGUGUUGUUUCGAGGCCACAAUGAAGAAAAAUGCUGAAGAGGACUCAAGGCCAAAAGGGGCCUAAACGUGGAUGGUGUCCUGACUUUUGUGGCUACUAUCUUAAUGCCACAUGUUGACUUUGCCUGGAAUUUUGUCUUGUGAAUGAAUGGUUUGAAGUUUCCGAACGCUAAUGUUAUGAUGUGAUCAUCACACAUUGUUCAUUUAUUUUGAAUGUGCAGUGUGUAUGUGUGUGUGCGUUUUAAAACCAUGUUAGAUCUGCAAAGUACUGUUUACCACAAAUAUGCAUUAAAAACACACAAACUCUCAGCGAUCAUUUGCUCUUAACAUAGCUGCAGGUGGUUGAUCUGUAUCCAGAAAGUUCCUUAAGCAUACUGUACGUAUAUGACAGCUAUUGCCUUCUUUAUUUGUUCUCUUGAACUGUUGCUGUUAUUGUGAAACAGUUAUAGUGGCUCCGAAGGACUAUGAUGUAAUAGCACUGAGGGUUUUAUUUAUUUUUCAAUUUUUUGAAAAGAUGUUGUUGAUCAUUGGUCAUUGUUUGUUUGACUAUAAAAGUCUA